AUGGCUGCUGCUGAUAGGACGUACUCUCAGACCUAUGGCUUCUCUCCUCCUGGGCCACCCUCGAAUCCACAAACGUUUUUAGUUACUCUUGCAUUCACUUUCGUCAUCAUCAUGAAAAUGAGAAUGAGCCUUUUUCGAAAGGGUAGUUUACGGACAAAAAGGAAGAUUCUGGAGUACGCCUUUGCCGGGUGCUUGGGAAUCCGAGUACAUUGCGUCCACAGAGAAUGGUCAACUCAGGGUAUAAUUCAGACCCUGGGUCCAAGCCAGGGUCGACCCAGAUAUAUCAGAUCACUAUUUGUGCUUCUGCAGUACUCUAAAUAUAAGAAACUCCAAGUUGUCCUUGAGAGCAAACGUGAUAAUGCCAAGGACAUUGCCAAUGAGGCAUCAUCUCCAUCGGGCACUGAGCACUGCCAUGAGGAGGCCAAGGAGGACGAACGUUCUUUAUUGUGCAUGGCAGCUCUUCGUGGACAUAAAAACUUCGUCAGAUUCCUCGUUGAAUCCCAAAAUGCACACAUCGAAGAACUGGGCACAGGGGCUAAUCCCAAUGGCGUUACUACUUUCAAAAGCUCUCCGUUGCGAGCAGCAUGUGAGCAAGGCCACCUCCAUACUGUCAGACUGCUUGUGCAACACGGAGCAGAUAUUGAUGCUACUAAUGAAAGCUCUGUCACUUCUCUGAUGAUAGCUUCCUUCUACGGCUAUUUGGAAAUUGUCAAGUGCCUCUUAGAUGCUGGUGCUGAUGUGAACAAUAAAAAUAAAAACGGGAAAAGCGCACUGCAUUACUGCUCAGAAGCAGGCCAUGUGGAGGUCAUGAAAGCGUUGCUGGACCACAACGCUCUGAUGGAUGCUGACAGCACUGAAAUAAAACCCUUGCUGGUUGCAAGCAGUCGCGGUUACAAGGACAUGGUAGAAUAUCUAGUGACCAGAGAUGAUUUGAUAACUAUAAGAGAAAAAAUCGAUGCAUUGGAGCUACUUGGAGCUUCCUUUCAUCGAAACGGAAGAUAUGGUCACUACAAUCAACUACUGGACAUCAGCAAUGAGUCAGAGUGUUACAAACCUAAAAUGUUGGAAUAUAUUUCCAGGUAUGGCAACGGCGCCCUGAUUUAUCCAAAAUCUGAGGAUAAUGUGUCAUGUACUUCACAAGAGGACUUCAGUGAGGUCACCACCUUGCAGGAAUUAGAAGAUAUAGAAUUAGACCCUGAGGAAAUUCAUUUGCAGUCGCUUCUCGUGAUGGAAAGGGUUUUAGGUUCCGGUCACAUGCAAACAAUGAGGAGUAUUAGGGAAAUGGGGUUUGAUUAUGUAGAUGAAGGUGCUUUCAAGAUGUGCAUUGACUUGUGGGUUCACGCCAUCGAUACACAACGCAAUCAUCUACAUCCACUAAAGCAGAGUAGGAUGUUUCAUUUCGAGUCAUUCGUUGGCUUGUUUGGAUUCAUGGCAAACAGUGAGAACGCCCGUAUCGGGAAUUAUAACCCGAGGGAAUAUUUUGAUGAUUUUAUGUGCGUAUUUGAUAGAGUCGUAAUAGAAAUAGAACUAUUUAUCUCUUCAUUAAAUAAAGCUGACGAUCAUGUAAGGAUGAAACGUGAAUUUAACCCUCGCCGGUUUAUGAAUGUAGCUUUGCAUUUAUUACUACCGUUUAUAAGUAUACAGCCUGGCCUCACAAAAUCUCAGUGGGAGACGGUGAAAGAAGCAUUGUACAAACUGGUGAAGUUGAAUCCCAGGAAUUCCUCGGGUUCGACUCUGCUGCACAUGGCUUGCUCCAGAAAAUUUAAGGACGUUGAAGAUUCGAUAAUACCGGCGUCUGUCACUCCCAAAACCGAAAUCGUAGACCUUCUGUUAGAGACUGGCUGUGAUCCCAGUGCCACAGACCACGAAGGUAACACGCCCCUCCACGAACUCGCUAUGAAUAAAGUGUGUCCCAAAGAUGCGGUAGAUGCCCUCUUGUCGGGUGGGGCUCACUUAGACGCAACAAAUAGUCAGGGGCAAACUUUUGCGUCUUUGAGAGCUUCCCGAGGACAGCCUGUCUCUCAACUGGUGAAUGUUGUCCGUCACACCUCUUUGCAAUGCCUGGCUGCAGCGAGCAUUCGGAGACAUGGGAUUCCUUACAAGGAUGUCUUGCCUUCCAGACUUGUGAAGUUUGUAGACAUCCACUGA